CCCUAACUCUUUUCUGCUAAUCAUAUUAUAAUCAUGGCUCGAUCAAGACAAACCCGACGUGCUGGCCCUACUCAGCAAACCCGUAGUGCUCACACUGUGCCUCAACGUCAAGCGCCUCCUCAGCAACAACAUCGUCCGCAGCAACAUCAAAUGGCACCUACCACUCAGCAUACUCCUGCGGUGGCUCAACCUUCUCAAGGUCCCGGUCUGUUUGGUCAAAUGGCAUCCACUGCCGCUGGUGUCGCUGUUGGUUCUACUAUUGGUCACACGAUGGCAAACGGUAUCUCUUCCUUAUUUGGAGGCGGCCGAUCUGAACAGCCUGCUCAACAAGCCGAAGCUCCUCCUCAGCAAUAUCCUUCGGACCAGUAUCAGCAACCCGCUUAUCAGCAGCAACAGCCUGCUGCCAAUGCCUGCGAAGCCGAUGCCAAGGCCUUUAUGAAAUGUCUCGAGUCCAAUUCAAAUGAUAUCUCAGCUUGCCAAUGGUAUCUGGAUAAUCUCAAGGCAUGUCAAGCAGCUGCCUCGCAGUAUUAGAUUUUUGCCGGCAACACCUUGAAGAAUCGAAACGAGUAUUUCCCUGUUUUCUUCAUUAGAACGAACUCUGUUUAGUAAUUCCUUUAUUCGUUUUGAAUAGUUUGUAUCCCUUUUUUCCCUCUGUAUGACAGAAUCUUGCACAUACAUAAACAACUGUGA